AUGUCGAAUCGCUUCUCAGUCUACUCCAGCCAUUCCACAGGCUUGUCGUCGUCUCGUCCCGGUGCCCAGUCACCUAGUCCGGUCACGACCACAACCCUGUUGAAUGCGCUGCACGCACAUUACAACUCAGGACAACCCUAUCAACUGGAUGCAGGGACGAGCAUCGUGGUCAACACCUGGGUCACUGCUACACAUGGAGGUACGAUAGAUCGGGACCUGGGUCUUAGAGCCUGGGAGCAUGCGCGAAGGAGAGCAGAAGAUGGGUGUAUUGUGCUUUGUUCAACCCAUCAAUCGACCCCAUCCAUCCUCGAACCCUUCCUCGCCGCGUUACCUCUCACCUCUCCGAACAUGACAUUCACCGCACUUACGGCCCUCCGACCUUUUCUGUCUGCUGUAACAUCAUUCAACCCUUCGUACUCUCUAUAUUCUGCCCUUUCCGCUCGCUACUCCUUCAACUUGAAAGGCGACAUUGUGGGGCUCUCCUUCGCGCUGUCCACGUCUGGAAUCAAUGUCCGCAAGGGCCUCCUGGAUAUCCCUUCCGAACCUGGUUAUCGUGCAUUCGAUGUGUUUUACUACCUUCUCGCUUCGAUAUCUACCCCAGCAGAACGGGAGUUUCUUAAUCUGAAAGACGCCUCGUCGUAUGCUCUGCUGAACAAGUCCGGCACAUAUGCACCUCCAUCAUACCUCCCUACCGCGGAUGAUGCUGCCGCCGCGGAGGAUUUUCGAACCGCGCUCAAGUCGAUUGGCAUUAAAGGAGCUGCUCAGCGUGGUCUCUUGUCGACUCUUGCAGCCCUGCUCAAGCUCGGUAAUGCGACCGGCUUUCUAGUCGACCAGGAAGAUCUAGAGGAGGCCUGUGAUGAAGUCGGUGGUCUGCUCGGGUUGGACCCCGAAGUCCUGCUUCAUGGUUGCUCCACCGACGACCGAGAGGUGUUAAUCUCUGGGAUCUACGAGGCCCUGGUCGACUGGGUCAUCGGCAAAGCCAACGAGGCCAUCUCUAGCGAGCUCCAAGCAAUCCUUGACCACGACCCCAGCACCAGCGGUGGCUCUGGCCCAGGCGGUCAGUGGACUGAUGAGGACACGGUGAGCAUCACUGUGGUGGAUAUUCCCAGACCUGCGUUGGGCAAGGCUGUGGCAAUCCGAGAAGUCUUCGAUGACAGUGCUGGUAUCAACGCCGAGAUGAAGGAGGACGGCAUCGCGGUCCCAGCUGUUGGACAUGCGAUUGCAAAUGACGUGUCCUCGGCGGUGGCGCAGGUCGAAGCUGACCUCGGAAUCACGACGGGCUCUGCCUGGCAUGAACGAGAGUAUGACGUGGGAAAGCGGCAGGAAGUGCUGGAAAAGGUCGGGCUCGAGGUCGAUAUGGACUCGUUUCUCCGAGGGCUCCUCUUCCCCGUCGAAGCCGAAGGCAUCACCGUUGGAAAGCGAGGCCGGUUUGAUCUCCCCACCACGUUAGGCAGCAGCAGAAUUUGGCACCACCUCUCCGUCCAUCCCACUGACGAUCUGCCCGCGACGCUCAACACUCUCACGCCGACGACGGCUUGGUCCGCAGGGGCCGUAUCCCGUCAACUGCGGGAAUGGAAACUAGCCGAAUGGGCCAACCGGCGUCUCAGGCAGAUUGACUUUACCGCUGAUUUCGACCUGGAUGAGUUCAUCGGCCGUUACUGCCGCCUUGGAUGUGCCGAGGGCCGAGAUGGGGUCGAAAGCUGGCUGCUGGAACGGGGGUGGACCAAUGGAGAUGCCUUCGUGGGCCACCAGCGAAUCUGGAUGCGAGAGAACGCAUGGUGGGAAGCUGAAACGAUGCUUGACAUGAAACCCGACGAGCCGGCGGCGGCGGCGAAUCCAUUUCUCUACGGAAAUAACAUGCUUGACGCUGGCUUGCCGCACUAUGCGACUACUCCUAUGGCCGAAUCCACUAGCCUUCUCGGCAGUCGUGACAACCUUCUGAACCGACAGAGCGCUUUGGCCCCCAGUCUCCAUGGGGGUGCCAAAUCGGUCGCUCCCAGUGUUCCUCAAACCCUUAGCAUGGGAGGAGAUUAUGGCUUGGGCGGCAAGGGCGAUGCCCGCAAGUGGGAUCACUAUGAUGAUUAUGCCCACUACAACAACGGUGAAUUGGACCCUGAAGUCGGUGACCCCAAACACAUCGAAAAGAAAACCAUUACCCAGGGCCGGCGCAUUUGGGUCGCUAUCGUGUGGGCGUUGACCUUUUGGAUUCCAUCUUUUGCUCUUCGCUGGAUCGGCCGGAUGAAGCGUCCUGACGUCCGGAUGGCCUGGCGAGAGAAGUUUGUCCUGGUUGCGAUUAUCUUGCUGUUUAACGGAAUCGUUUGCUUCUACAUCAUUGCGUUUGGUGAUCUGCUCUGUCCGAACAAAGACAAAGUUUGGAACGAGAAGGAACUCAGUUGGCAUGCCACCAACAACGAUUUCUAUGUCAGUAUCCACGGAAAUGUCUACGAUAUCACCAAGUUCUGGAGGCUUCAGCACAGUGAUUCGUCGAUCGAAACGACUACGACCAACAUGAAGCCGUUUGCCGGUGAGAUCUUGGACGCAUAUUUCCCUCCUCCCUUGACCAUCUUCUGCUCGCCCUACGUGACGGAGCAGUCGGUUACUCUCCAAUACAACGACACGAACGCGCUCUUGUAUCCGAAUGCGGAGCAUGAUUGUGGGCCGUAUCACACCCCCAGCACGACCACCAAACUACACAACAUCACCUGGUACCAGGACAUCUACCUGCCGAGUAUCAAGACAUACUACAAGGGAAACCUGGUUUGGACGAAAAGCACUGUGAAGAAGCAGGCAGAGGAGAGUUCGCGAUACUGGGUUAUUGUUCAUGAUAAGAUUUAUGACCUCACGGACUACUUCUACACGGCCGAUCUGUUCGAUGGCGACGACACCUACUCCUUCCUGCCGACUAGCGUGACCGAUCUGUUCAAGACUUAUGCGGGCGAGGACGUUACCUCCAAGUGGAAAAACACGACGGACUUUCAACAGUCGCAGAUGUGUCUCGACUACGUCUUCUACAAAGGCAAGGUCGAUUUCCGGGACAGCCCUCGGUGCACGGUCAACAACUGGAUUCUUCUAACAUUCACCAUCCUUAUCUGCGUGGUCAUCCUGGUCAAGUUCGUUUCCGCUCUUCAGCUGGGUGCCAAGCGCCGCCCUUCGCCACAGGAUAAGUUCGUCAUCUGCCAGGUGCCGGCAUACACGGAAGGAGAGGAUGCGCUGCGGCAAGGUCUUGACUCCCUCACGGCGCUCCAGUACGACAACAAACGCAAGCUCAUCUUCGUGAUCUGUGACGGUAUGAUUGUGGGUGGUGGUAAUGAUCGGCCCACGCCCAAGAUCGUUCUGGAUAUUCUGGGAGUCGACCCCAAGGUCGAUCCGCCUGCGUUGCCGUGCAAGUCGAUCGGACAGGGUAGCGAGCAGCUCAACUACGGCAAGGUGUAUUCUGGCCUCUAUGAGUAUGAGGGUAACGUGGUCCCGUACAUUGUUGUGGUCAAGGUUGGCAAGGAGUCGGAGCAGAGUCGGCCCAAGCCUGGUAACCGGGGCAAGCGUGACUCGCAGAUCAUGAUGAUGCAAUUCCUCAACCGCGUGCACCACCGCUCGCCCAUGUCACCCCUGGAGCUGGAGAUUUUCCACCAGAUCAACAAUGUCAUCGGCGUGGACCCCGAGCUCUACGAGUAUGUCCUGAUGGUGGAUGCAGAUACCAGUGUCCGUGAAGACUCGCUCAACCGUCUCGUCGCUGCGUGUGCCAAUGAUGCUCGUAUUGCAGGAAUCUGCGGUGAAACCAGUUUGCAGAACGAAGAGCAGAGUUGGUGGACAAUGAUUCAGGUGUAUGAGUACUAUAUUUCGCAUCACUUGGCCAAGGCAUUUGAGUCGCUCUUCGGCAGUGUCACCUGUCUUCCUGGAUGUUUUUGCAUGUAUCGCUUACGGACGGCCGACAAGGGCAAGCCUCUGAUCAUUUCAGACAAGGUCAUCGAAGAAUACUCAGAUAAUGACGUGGAUACCCUGCACAAGAAGAACCUUCUCUCGCUGGGUGAAGAUCGUUUCCUGACCACGCUGAUGACGAAACACUUCCCGGAGAUGUCCUACAAGUUCAUUCCUGACGCGUAUGCCAGUACGGCGGCGCCUGAGACGUGGUCUGUGCUGCUGUCGCAGCGUCGGCGUUGGAUCAACUCGACGGUGCACAACCUAGUGGAGGUGGCUGCGCUGAAGGACAUGUGUGGAUUCUGUUUGUUCAGUAUGCGCUUUGUAGUGCUCGUGGAUCUGAUUGGAACGGUUAUUCUCCCAGCGACCUGCGUCUACCUGGGCUACCUGAUCUACCGCGUUGCCAGUCACACAGGACCGUUCCCGCUGAUUUCGAUCAUCAUCCUGGCGGGUGUAUAUGGUCUCCAGGCGAUUAUCUUCCUGCUUAAACGGCAGUGGCAGCAUAUAGGCUGGAUGAUUAUCUACAUCUGUGCGUACCCGAUCUACAACUUUGUCCUGCCGCUGUAUUCGUUCUGGAAGCAGGAUGAUUUCAGUUGGGGUAGCACGCGUAUUGUCAUCGGAGAGCAGGGCAACAAGCGUGUUGUGGCGGUGGACGACGAGGGCUUCGACCCGCGUAGUGUGCCGCUGCAACGCUGGGAUGACUACGCACUCUCUAACAACCUGCCGGGACGGCGCGGAGAUUUCGGGAUGAGCCAGGAGAAGAUGUACGCGGGGCGGUAUGAUGAGAUGGCGCUGGAGAUGGACGAUAUGCACUCCAACUACUCGUCGGUGAAGCCGGCGUCGACGAUCCUGACAGGCUUCCCGCAUCACCAGGGCCGCCACGGCAGCCCAUACAUGCCGCCGCAAUCGCCGGCUUCAUUUGCCAACACGCCCGGGAACCGGAACUCGCACAUGUCGAGCUUUACCCGAUACACAGACCAGCCGCUGGCGGGCGGGCAAACGACGUCGCGACACAUGUCAUUGGGAAAUCUCAGCCAUGUACCGGACGGGAUGACGAACCGUCACAGCGUGGGGCUGAUGCAGAGCACGGACAACCUGCUGGGACGACCCAGCUCUCGCAGCCCGGUUGGAGGGCUGUCGCGGCCCGUGAGUGCGUUCGACUUCCGGGGAAGCGGGGGCCCCGACGAGGGGGCCAUCACGGAGGCAAUCCGGGAGUGCUUGAGAGAGGUUGAUCUAGACACAGUGACGAAAAAGCAAGGUAAGUCGUUUCCCGAGGAUGUGGCCGAUGAUAUACUAACUGAACCAGUGCGAGCGUUGGUGGAGCAGCGACUGCAGACGACGCUCACAGGAGACAAACGGGCGUUCCUGGACCGGCAGAUUGACCACGAGCUGGCCAAUAUGUGA